ACUUGACCUGUCCCCGCCUGCGCACACAGCUGGGAGGUGCAAGCUGCCCACUGGCAGUGGAAACACAUCCACCAGCUGGCAGAGCCGCGGCACUACAAUUCCCAGCAAUCAUUGCGCACCCUCCCUGUCCCCCCCUUCUGCUUUCAUCCCCUGCCGCCCGCUAAGCUCCGGGUGUCUGAGCUGCGUUGCAGCUGCCCAGGCGAAGCGGGAGUCCCUAGGUGAACGCUGUGCUGGAGCUGCUGGGGCGUCUGGGCUCCAGCGCGGUGAGCAAGGCGGGCUAGGUCCUGCAAGCAGCCCCCCAGCUCGCAGCAGCGGCUUUCAGCUGCAGGAGUGGAAGCGCCCUUAACCCUUCCACGCCUCCCCUUGGCUGGAGAGAAACGGCGAAUGAAGUGAGGAUGGUUAUCCGGGUGUUCAUCGCAUCCUCCUCUGGCUCGGUGGCGGGCACUGUAACAAACAAAAUAAAUUCUACUGAUCAUUACAAAUUACUGGAGGCUUUUAAAAAAAAACAAACUCACAGACCAACCUCAGGACAAAGGCAUAUCUGCAAGAUAAAGAAGAGACAGCAAGAUGUGGUACGAUUUCUGGAAGCCAACAGGAUAGAUUUUGAAGAAGUGGAUAUCACAAUGUCAGAGGAAAAAAGACAAUGGAUGUAUAAAAAUAUUCCUGAGGAAAGACAGCCUGCACAGGGCAAUCCGCUGCCACCCCAGAUAUUUAAUGAUGAUCAGUACUGUGGAAAGUAUUUCAAUAAUCAAAUCAAUAAACCGGCGUUGGUGUUACAUGUCAGAGGUGGAAAGAGGACUUGGGAAAACUUCAAGGAUCCCCCUCAGAGUUUUUGCCCUUUUCUCUCCACAGGGACUGAGGAUUAUGAUUACUUUUUUGAAGCAAAGGAAAGCAACACCGUCUUCUCCUUUCUAGGGCUGAAACCUAGCUUGGCAUCAAAGGAGUCAGAACCCUAGAAAAAUUCUUUGAAGAUUCAGCAAGCACAUCUGGAUGAAAAACCUUGUUCAGCACAUGACUGCUUUCCUAAUGGCUCACUGUGAUUAAAAAGCCAAUGCGAAUCAUCAAUAUUUUGCUUGCCAUGGAAGAGGUGCUUUCCAAAGAUGUGAAAUUAAUGUGUACACAAAAUGGGAUAAAGGGUGAGAUGAUACUCCUUUUUUUAAAAAAAAUGCCCACUCUUGAUGUUUCACAUUUGUCUAUGGAUUACAUUUUCACUGGCUUUGGUAUUCUAGCAAAUACUCUAUUUAACUCUGAAGAUGGGUGGAUGUUGAGGAAUGGAAGUGUAAAAUCUGUAUGGUCAUGGAAGGGGAUCUGGCAAGUAUGUGAAUCCUUUAAAUCUUCAGCUACUGCAGUCUGGAUAAAAUUAGUUUAUCAUGACAGUUAUAGUUUUGAUGGUUAAUGGAAAGCGGUGCUAGUUACGGUACAGAAGAUGAAAAACAGCAUGAACUUGGUCUAUGCCAAAAACUGCAGAUUUCUGCUCAGUAUAUUUACUGUGCUGUCUAUGCUAGAACAUGUUUAUUGCAAUAUAUGUGGGCUACUAAGCUCUUUCAUAAAACAUUCACAUUACGAUUGGCUGGUUAAAAAAAAACAGUGGUUAAUGGGAAGGGGAGAGAACUCAAAACUGAUGCUGUCUUGACAUCCAUAGGUGGUCCCCCACACACACUGCAAUAAAAUUGUUCUGUUGAUGUGUUUGAAAACAGUUAUUUUGUUGGCAAGUACACUUUAACAUGCGAGGUGUGUGUCAAACUUGUGCGUAUUGCAGUUGAAAAGACAUCAUACAAAGCCAUUACGUAAUAUCUGUUAUUUGGGUAUGACUUUCCACCUCAAAUUUUAGAGCUCAUCAUUUGUCUGCUUUAAAAGAUUUCCAAAGUUAUGGGUCUAAUUCUGCUUCCCUUAAUCACUUUGAAUAGAAUUCAACUCCACCAUUAGCCCCACUGAUGUUGGUAGAACUACUUCUAGAGGUAGGGAUCGAUCUUGCAAAUAACUUAAACACAGCAGUUGUCCCCAUGACUUGAAGAUGAAAUCUGUUAAAGACAAUGGGAUUGCUCACAUUUUUAAAGUAAAGCUGGUCUAUAAAUGCUUUGCUGGAUAAGGCCACAGUAUCUGACCCCUUGCAGGAUCAAAGAAACAUCAGUUACUAUUCAGUGCGAAUAAGGGAAGCAGAAACUGCCCCUGGGGAUUACCCUGAUGUAGCAGAGCCCAGUCUGCUAUGAUUUAACCAUUUUUUAAAAAUUGAAAUUGAGAGUAGACCACUUAGCAAAUGGAUUGUCUGUAAUCUACUCUAAUUGCAUUUAGCAAUGGGAAUCCCUUUGCCCUGUUAAAAUAACAGCUAUUGAACUUCAUAAAUGUAGCUUCUGCUUAACCACGGGAACUUUCUUCCAAAACAAUUUGAUGGUCAUUUGACUGUGCUAGUCCAGUAAGUAUUCUGGCUUCGCUGGGCAAAUGGCACAUGGCCGCUAAGUGUGGGAGACAGCUUUCCUGCAGUCACCGGAAUGCCCGGGCUAUAUUUGGUGGUGGCUAAGACACCUGUCAGAUAUCUGUGGCUGGAAGACUGUUUUUGCUUGUAAGCAUGGAAGUGAGCACAAAGGUGACCCACUCUCCAUAUAGUUACUAUCCUAUGUGUAACAAUUUCCAUAUGCUACUAUAACAAGUACAGUAGUUUGUGAAAUUGGAAGACUGCUGGCUCAGGUCAGGUGUGAAUAAAGAGGCACAGAGAUAAUUCUGCAGGACUGACAUCCAUAGCUCUGUCAACUGUUACUGCUUUUUUGAAGAGAGGUGAUUUCCCUUCACUUAAUUAGCAUUGUCUCAAUUUACACGUACUCCACUCAAAACUCUGCGGCUGUGUUUGUAUUAAAAAGAAAAUGCUAAAAAAAAAAUUUGUGAACCGAAUUCUGCUUUUGAUCUUCUCAUGCUGCUCCUAUUGAAGUAAAAGGAGCCACAUGCAUACACUGAGCGGAAUUUGGUUCCGUCAUUAUAUUUUCAUCAGCCCCUGCUCUGGAUUCCUCUCCUGGGGGUGCUGUAGCCAAUGUUUUCAAAUAGAAAUAUAUUUUUUUAAAAUAGUAAUAUGUUGCCUAUGAUAAAAGUUGUGUUCAUAGUUUUAUAAUCACAUAUUUUAUGGGGUUUUAACUUCACUGUAGAAAUGGAUUUGGCAAAUCGGAUCUGAGCCAGAGAUCCAUUUUGUUAAAGUUAACAAAUUCUGGACAACUGUUCUUACUCUGAGUGCAAGAAAGUUUCAUCCCCUUGCAAUGUUAAGUAAAUGAAAUUUACAUAGUUACACAGUAAACUAGAGAGAAGCCAUCCUGGAUUAAGCAUAUACUUGAUUCGUUGUACAUUCAGAGAAUUACCUAAGGUCCCAAUUCUGAGGAAGUUUUUGCAUAUGGAUUAACAUCAUAGGGUGAAAUCCCAGCCCCAUUAAAGUCAAUGGCAAAACUUCUAUUGAUUUCACUGAGGUCAGAAUUUCACUCAUUGAGUUUAACAGAACUCCUCCUGUGUUUAAAUGUCCACAGGUUUUAGGUCUGAAAUUACAAUUGAACAGAAAACCAGUACCAUUACUGUUAGGUAAAAGGACUUUUUUUAAAAGAUUAGUUGUGGACACUAUUUAUCUGGAAGACAAGAAUAACUCCAAAAAUGUCCAUUUUGCUUGCACAGAUUGGCAUUAUAAACCCGUUUAGAGAGAGAAUUUUCUUUUGAUCUUUUUAAAAACUGUAAGUUGCUUGAAUUUGAGUUUUUUCAUUGUUACAGCCUUAUUUUUUAAUUAUUAGGUAGCCUUUUAGUUUGUUACAAAAAUUGACCUGGAUUUCUUUUUAACCAGUUUUAUAGUUAUGAAAUUUGUUAAAAAACUAAUUAGUUUUAACUGGAAAGCUUUGUUGAAGGUAGAUGCAGUAGCUGAAACAAAUGCCAAGUUAUUAAUUUUUUAAAAUAGCACAAAAAGUUACAUCAAAGAAACAAUGAGCUAGAAUCUGACCCAAUGCCAGUAGUUACCCCAGUUUAAACACAGGCAGAAAAUCAAAAUCAGGUCUAAUGCAAAUUAAACCUCAAAACUGUGUAUACAGCUAAAGCUGCCAUUAAAGAAAUGGGAAUUUGGUUGUGCAAGGAAUGUAAGAUCAGGCUGUAAAGUCAAAUUCUGUCCUCCGAUGUGUGUGAAUGAAUCCUGUACACUUCAGUGAGAGACCUUGUGUAUGCACCAAGGCAAGAAACUGGCCCUUACAAUGAACCAUUAGAGAUCCCUUUUGCUUUGGCUACCUUGUAAAAACUCAAUGCCAUCCACUUCACUAGCUAUCACUUACUACAAGAACUGUAAUCAAGAGAAAAUGUUUGAAUGGGGAGAGUGUGCACACAGCCACUGUACCAGUGGUUUUAAUAGGUAUGUUUGUUGUAUUGUAACAAUGAGAGGUGCCACAAAGCACUAGAGAGUGCCUUGGCUGAAGUAGGACUGUUACUACCGAAGCUUUUUUAUAUAUAUAAAAUAUAAUAUGAGAGAGAGAGUUUUGGUUCCAAGAAUAAGAACACACACAAUUUUAAUAGGGUUGAAUCGGUCUGAUAAACUUUUCAAUGUGUUGUACUUUCUUUUAAUUUAAAGAGUAAAACAUUUUAAAAUAAUCUUGCUUUUGAUGAUUCAGGUCAAAGGCCAAGACUUUGAAAAAUAGGUGCCUAAGUUAAGCUCCUGAAUCUACUUUAAAUAAAUGACGUGAUUUGCAAAAGUGCUGACCUCACCCAGCAGCUCAUGUUAGAGUCACUGGGAGCUGCUAGCGGGUCAUAGAAUCAGAUCAUUUUGUUUAGGAGUCUCAUUUUUUGACAUGAUUUUCAAAAAAUAGGGGCCUAAGAUUUGUUAGUGCCGCUGGCCACAGAACUGCUUUAACUAUUGUUUUCAGCUGGUAGUGACAGAGGUGGUUUGCUUUAACAAUAAAAGAAGACUCUUAAAGAUGGUUGUUAGAUGUUAAUUUCUAGGGGGGUUGGUUUUUCUUAUUUUAUCCUUGAUUUACUUAGCCAGGAAGUGCCAAAUCCUGCUAGUCUUAUUUGCUUGACUAGUUUCACGGAUUUCAUUAGAACUAUUUACAUGAACAAUACAAGGAGGAUUUGGCCUGUGAUUAUUUUCAUGUGUCUAGAAUAAAAAUCAUAGAAAUUGGAAAGAAAGAAGCCUAAUAGAUCAGCUAGAGCAGUGGAUCUCAAACUUUUGUAGUGGUGACCCCUUUCACAUAGCAAGCCUCUGAGUGCAACCCCCCCCCUUAUAAAUUAAAAACACUUUUUAAUACAUUUAACACCAUAAUAAAUG